CCAGGAUCCGCUGGCGGGCUUGAGGGUCCUGAUCGUAUUUUUGUGGGUGGGCUCCCCUAUUAUUUCACAGAAGCACAGACCAGGGAGCUGCUCGAGUCGUUUGGGCCCCUUCGGGGGCUUUGAUUUAGUGAAAGAUAGAGAAACAGGAAACUCGAAAGGCUAUGCAUUUACCAGGAUAUAGCUUGUGCAGCUCUAAAUGGGAUUAAAAUGGGUGAUAAAACUCUUACUGUGAGGCGUGCCAACCAGGGCGCUACCCAGCCUAAACCUGAACAAGAUAGUGUACUGUUGCAUGCACAGCAACAAAUAGCAAUUCAGAGGCUCAUGUUACAACCAGCUGGUUCACUUGCCACUAAGGUUUUAUGCUUAACCCAAGUGGUCACUGAGGAUGAGCUCAAAGAUGAUGAGGACUAUGAAGACAUAGUGGAAGACAUGAGAAUGGAAUGUGGAAAAUUCGGUACUUUAGUGAACGUUGUAAUCCCACGCCCAAAUCCCAACGGUGAACCGGCUCCAGGGGUUGGAAAGGUGUUUUUGGAGUAUGCAGAUCUUGAUAGUGCCACGAAAGCUCAUACAGGGUUAAAUGAUAUAAAAUUUGGCGGGAAUCGAGUAGUAGCUGUAUUUUAUCCCGAGAACAAGUUUAGUCAAAGGGAGUAUGAUGGCUAAGUUUUCUCCUUUGAC